GCCAAUAGACCAGACUGUCAGCCUCAGCUUGGGGAGGGAAUGUGGAGAAACCUCCGUGAGGAAAAUGCGCGCGAAGUGACGCGACACGCGCCGCUCUACAAGUGCUCUAAACGAUAUUCCAAGAACAGCGCGAGAACCGGGGCGCGAAACGGACUCGCCCUGUUGAGGGGACAAACAUGACUGUGGUGCCCGGGGAGAACCUCGAAGAGACUGUGGCAUUGGCAGCCCUGUCCCAAGAUGUUUACGACCCUGAACGGGCAGACCAGGAGUGCUGCGAGCGGGUGGUUAUCAACAUCUCCGGCUUGCGCUUCGAAACCCAACUAAAAACACUGGCGCAGUUCCCCGCCACCCUACUCGGUGACCCCAGGAAAAGAAUGCGCUUCUUCGACCCUCUGAGGAACGAGUACUUCUUCGACAGGAACCGACCGAGCUUUGAUGCCAUCCUCUACUACUAUCAGUCUGGGGGCAGGCUGAGGAGACCCGUCAAUGUUCCCGUGGACAUCUUCAUGGAGGAGAUCAAAUUCUACGAGUUAGGAGAAGAAGUCAUUGAGAAUUUUAGGGAGGACGAGGGGUUCAUCAAGGAGGAAGAGCGACCUUUGCCCGAAAACGAGUUUCAGAGACAGGUCUGGCUGCUGUUCGAGUACCCCGAGAGCUCUGGACCCGCGAGGGGCAUCGCAAUCGUCUCGGUGCUCGUCAUCUUGAUAUCAAUUGUCAUCUUUUGCUUGGAGACUUUACCUGAGUUUAGGGAGGAUGGGAAAAUGAACGAGGAGAGCCUCGCACUCAAUGGAACUGCCAGUUCAAAGAAGCCCAAUCCAUUCACAGACCCCUUCUUUAUUGUGGAGACCCUGUGUAUAAUCUGGUUCUCUUUUGAAUUGCUCGUGAGGUUCCUCGCGUGCCCAAGCAAGCCCGCCUUCUUUAAGAAUAUCAUGAACACGAUUGACAUCGUGGCUAUUAUCCCCUACUUCAUCACCUUGGGUCUGGAGUUGGCCGAGCAUCAGGGUAACGGCCAGCAGGCCAUGUCUCUGGCCAUCCUGAGGGUCAUUCGCUUGGUGCGGGUGUUCCGCAUAUUCAAGCUUUCCAGACACUCAAAAGGGCUUCAGAUCUUGGGCAAGACCCUGCAAGCGAGCAUGCGAGAGCUGGGUCUCCUCAUAUUCUUCCUUUUCAUUGGAGUUAUACUGUUCUCCAGCGCCGUGUAUUUCGCCGAGACGGACGACCCCGAAUCGGGGUUCAGCAGCAUCCCCGAUGCCUUCUGGUGGGCAGUGGUUUCCAUGACCACUGUGGGCUACGGGGACAUGUGCCCAGUCACCAUCGGUGGCAAAAUAGUGGGCUCUUUAUGUGCCAUCGCCGGUGUGCUCACCAUUGCGCUUCCAGUGCCCGUCAUCGUGUCCAAUUUCAAUUACUUCUACCACAGGGAGACCGAGCACGAGGAGCAGAUGGAGUACACGCACGUGACGUGUGGCCAGCAGCAGCCCUCGUUUGGUGAAUUUAAUACGAGUGACAGCAAACCGUCCCUUGCUAAAUCAGACUAUUUGGAUUCAGAGGAUGGAGAUUCGGUCAAGUACACCAACUGCAGCCCCCAUAAAGCACACACGGGGAGGCUUACUGAUGUAUGAAUGUAGAACGCCAACGAUUCUAAACCCAAAGAAGAGCACCUUUCUCCAUGAGUACAUCCUCAUCCCCUGUCAUAAUCUGAGGAACACUUUCAGUUGGAAACGACGACAGUGGAUUUAUACCGUGACGUGAUUUUCGAUUGUUUUCUAAACGGUCUUCCAUUGUUGUGAAUGUAGAGCAUCGAAGCGCGAGACGUAGGCGCGAAAAUAAAAAGAGAAUCAAAUAGAACGCGCAUUAUGUAUUAGAAAGCUCAAUUAAAUCGAUGUGUAGCACUUUAUUCGUUUAGCUGUAGCUCCGCGGAUUCGUGAUUCGUUAGUUCUCCACAAAUUCGUUGCCAGUGCGAUACAGUUUACAAAUGCGCUCAUUUGAAAGAAAUAGUAGGACCAAUAUAUGUACAUUUUUUGUUAUUUGUUUUCUAACGAGUACAGCUCAACUGCAAGGUCGUUUUGAGAGAGAGAGAAAAAGAGAAAAAAAGACUUGCCCCAGCUUAUUAAAAAAUGGCACUAUUAUUAUUAUUACCAUUUAAAAAGCUAGUUGUGUCUUGUGUAACGUUACAUUUGGAAAUUUGAGACACAUAUCUCAGAGCUGUAUUGAGGACGAUAGGUAGACUAGAAGAGCAAACCAGCUUUUGGUUUUUAAUUAGGAUCACACUGCGUUUUCAGGCUGUCAUCAUAUCAGUGGCUCUGCAAUAACAUUGAAAGGUUAUUAUGACAUCUUAAAAGUACUUGGUAACUUCCCUCGAACUAUGUAGAGCACUUCAGGGAUAGACUUACACUGAGAAGCAUCAUUACGCAUCAUUAUCAACAGACGCGUAGGGAAUGAAUGAAAAAAGGUUUGAUUUCAACAACGUGCGCUCAAAUCUGGACACUUAGGAGCUAUUCUUUAUACACUAGUGUUAUCUAGCGGGAAAAGGCACUAACUGCAGUCUUUAUGAUACUAAAUGUGUUUCCAUAGCAACUUUCCAGACGGUUCUGGAGACAUUGGGGUAUUAUUGCUCCCUUAAUUUAUUCACAGGAAAGAUGGCUUUGGGUGUUUUUAUUUUAAAACAAGGUACAUUAAUGAAUUCAGUUAAGUUGAAGAAGGAAAAGAAAAAACAAAAAACUCUCAGGUAGGCAGGUUUACAUUCUUAUUAGGCCUGGUUAAACCAAAAGAGCCCACAGAGGCUUAUCCAACAUAUUAAAUGUGAAUACAAAGUGUCAGUAUAACAGCGUAUAGCCCGCAUCCGUGAAAAUGGAGAUACGUCUAUAUUUCUGCACUGCAACAGCAUCAAAGGGGAUCAUGAAUUCAGCACAAACAGGGAUUCAUCAUGACGUCACUGUGAGGAAGUCUGUUGACUGGACUUGGAGAAUCAACUCAUGCAGGAUCAGUAAUGGACCGGAAAUGGAAUUGACUGCAUGUUUUUAAAACUCCCUGCUCCUUUUUUUUUCUCUCUCUCGGAUUUUCACAUUAACAAGAAGAGUUCAGACAGGAAGAGGUACCGUCAUGAAAAUGGACUUCCUGUCCUACAGAUCUGCACACACAUGCAGCACAGUAUCGUCAAGGACAAUAUGAAUCUUCACCUGACCAGCACUGCAUGGGACAAAACUAACUUCAUGUUUGCAUUUAAACAGCAUUCAUUUGUUCCUAUCAAAUAAAUGAUGUACAGUGCCUCGAAAGGAAUAUGACUGUCAAAUGUGGAAUCUAACCAUGAGGAGAUAAGAACAACGUGGUAAAUACAAAGAAGAUGCUUUGAAGCGCACUGAGGUAGAAACUAUUUACUUGAAAUCACAGAGUGCAGAGUACAUGCACAAACAAAUUGUGAGAUACAUCCUGAUGUUUAUCUGCCCCCGAAACAACAACAUGCUACUGGGACAGGUGUUUGUGAGUAUGCACAUGUGAAUAUGUGUCUUCAGAACCAGCAGUAUGUCACGUUUAAACAUUACGGAUCAUGUGCUAUACCUAAAAAUAUUAUGGCACGCAUGGAAAGUUGGGCAUGGAAUAAAUCUUGAUUACUAUGUUAAUUUAUUAUUAUUAAUCUUUUUUUUGGUCAACAAACUCAGUAGUCAUAUUAUGUGGGAACAACUAUAAAAGACAACAAAUUACUUGACUGUUGAGGUUAACACUGUUAAAUAUCUAUUUUUUUUGUUUUGUUAAAGUAUCAUAGCUUUUAUAUUAAAAAGGAAUCGGUUAAACUGGUGAAAGGUUAUUUUUCUAGCUUCUUUAAAGAUUUUGCUAAAUCGUUUGACAUUUUUUUCCACUGUUUAUUUUGCCUGCUGUGAAAAGGAAAUGUGUACACGUGUAGAAAUUCUGUCAUGAUUUCCUCCUCGAAUUGUUUAUGUGGUACAAACACUGAAAACAAAAAGGUUUCUGCAGGUUUGUGCCUUUAUAGUUUCAGGAUCUCCCAUCACUGAGAGCAUCUACCUCAUUGUCCCGAUUGGCUGUUUUACCGCGCAUUUACCUCACUGUGUUGCGUUACAUCAAACAGUUCAAAUGCCUUAUUUCUGGAAUCAGCUCAAGCUUAUAGUAUGUCACAUUUCCCCACAUUACUGUCGGCAGUAUUGGAUGUGUGUUGUCCUGGUCUUGUCCAUCCUGAAGUUGUGCAACCAUUCAACCUAAAAAGUCAAGAAGAAGAACAAUAAUGUGAAGCUGGCAAGUAAAAACUCAUCCAAACAUGCCCCACAAACCAAUUUAAAGUAUUUUCCCUGAUUCCCUGAGGUAUGUAGGCCUAUGAUGUUGAAAUCUAGACAUUUUAUUAGCUAGAAUAUGGGAAGUUGCAAUGUGAUAGGGUUUAUAUGCGAAUGAUGAUACUUGAGAAAUGAUUGUCUGGCGGUAAAUUUUUCUAGCUGAAAUGUUCAUAAACACAUUUUCCCUAUUUAAAUGAGUAAUUAUUUCCUGCAUGUUUGCAAGGACAUUUUGACGCCUGAAAUCUUGACUUUACAUAAACACUAUAUGAUUAUCUGCUUCAUGUCAAACUAAUGUUCUGCGCCUUAUAUAUUAUUUUGUUAUUUCCAUGAUUUCAUUUCAUUUACAAGUUAAAGACACAUGUAUCACCUUGUUCUCUGCAUCUAAACUGGACAUUGCUACUGGUUAACAAUACGACAGACUGAGCAGUAAGCAUUGAUUCAUUUUCAUGGAUAGUUUAUAGAGUCAUCACUCAUAGUUGUUCAUAAAGUUUCAUUUUUUAAUUCAAAGCAGGCUAAUUUGUUGUUUAAGCUAACAUGAGAACAGAUGCUAACACUGGAUCUGGCAGCUAGCAAACAUGAUUCUGUCAUAGCUGUGAGGUACUGUAUAACACUGGAUAAGAAAUUGUAAGAAAUUAAAAGGCUUUUUGAUUUUUUAAAUUGAUAAUGAACAUUAUUUCUUCAAAAAUUAGCUGUUGGACUCAUCAACUAAUAAAAAUGGUUUAAAUAGGAUAACAUGGACAUCAAUACGAUACAACAAUACAGUUACUUUGAAGUGAGCUCUUAUUUGAGGUAAAUUGAUUUAAUGUAAUUUGCUUUAGACUGCAAUAUGAUAAUCUUGUUGAAUAAAUAGUGUAUCAUAAAAAAGGCAUGCUGAUUUGCAACAGUUAGAAGAAAGGAAAAUGUUAAAAAUAUCACAAUUCUCCUCAAUAUUGUGGUUAUGGAUUCUGCUGGCAUUGAUAUUUUGACCGCUUUGAAGAGCAUCACAUAUUAAUACAGGCUGCACAUCAUGCCAUGAUUCUUCAAAUGUGGCGCGCCAUUCAUAAUGCUCCUACCAUUCCAUACACAUCCCUGAUAUCCACACAUGUGAUUUCUAUGCUAGAUAGUUCAUAGAUGUUCAAUCAUAUCUCUGCUGACGGUCAACUGCGUGUAUUCACACAUGACACUACACUGUUGCCUAAUAUGUGUGCAAAGCAAGAAGCGCAUUUCAUGUUCCUUUAAUGCCAACUUAUAAAUGAAGUGGUAUAUAUUCAAAGCAGGGAAAUAUAUUCUCAAACACUCCAUUACAUAAGCUGAUCAUGUAUUUAUGAAACCAUUGUGAGCAAUUAUAAAACAGGCGGUGUUGCACAGUUUAGUACCGUAUGUGUCUGUGGUUUGUUCGUAGUAAGCAAUAAUGCAUGAUAAAUUGUAUGAGUACAAUGACCGAAAUAUCACUGUUGCUUUGCACAUGAUGUUAAAUGGCUGUUCAUGUCAAUAUGUUUCUUUACUAGUGCCUUAUAUCAUGGAUCAUAUCACCAGACAACACGUCUGAAAUUGCUAUCCAUUCUAGAAUCUGUACAUUGAGAUUAUGAUGUCACUGAUUUCUUUUGUAAUAUGAAUGUAUUGCACUCAAAGUCUUCCUGGGAUUGUAAUAUUCUUCAUUUAUGCUCAUGUAACAUCCUGUGUUUCUAAACGAUUGAUGCCCAUGUUUCAACUUUUCAGCAAUGCCAGUAUAAAGUCUCUUUACAUCACCAUUUUGGCAUUUGUGCAACAGAAAAUAAUCCCUUAUUUCAUGAACUCACUCUUUUGCAGUUAAAUAAACAUUUGGGUUCGGUGCAAGUUAAACCCAGUUUACCGCACUUGUAGCGUAAUGUUGAUUACCACACACACAACUUUCUUCUGGGUUACAAUAAAGCACUUACAAUGGCAGUAAACAAUGCCUAUCCAUAGCUGUUAAAAUACUGUAUUUUCCGGACUAUAAGUCGCACUUUUUUUCAUAGUUUGGCUGGUCCUGCGACUUAUAGUCAGGUGCGACUUAUUUAUCAAAAUUAAUUUGACAUGAACCAAGAGAAAUGAACCAAGAGAAAACAUUACCGUCUCCAGCCGCCAGAGGGCGCUCUAUGCUGCUCAGUUCUCCUGUAGUCCACACUGAAGACAUAGAGCGCCCUCUCGAGGCUGUAGACGGUAAUGUUUUCUCUUGGUUAUAAAUAAAUGCGACUUAUACUCCAGUGCGACUUAUAGUCCGAAAAAUACGGUACAUAGUUUCAAUAGUACAGGCAUGAUUUUAGAGUAAAAAAGCUAAUUUGUAUAGUUAUAUUCAAUCCUGCACCUUAGUCGUCAUAACUAACUAGUGUAUGCUAGUGUAUAAAUUCAUAAUAUUUACAUUUUUGCUUUUAAAUCUUCCAAAAAUUGGCCCGAUUCACAUUCAUUUAAAAAUUCUAACGUUAGCCUAGAUCUUUUUUUUUUUUUCUGUGAUAAUAAAAAUGAUGCCACAAAUUCUGUUGAUAAAGGUUCACAUUUAUUGAAAGGACUAGUAUAAACCCACAUGGCAAUGAUCAGAUCUUGUUCAAUUCACCAAAAAAUUUGCGCCUGAUAAAAAAAACACUGUGCAACUUAACACUCGCAACUUAACAUAUUUUUUCUGUUUCUGCUGAAAGCAAGAAUGCUCCACAACACAAUGCAGUUCGCAACCAAUCAGAACAUAUUUGAUGUUUAUGUGAAAGCAGAAUAUUGAACCAAUGAGAGAUUUCACUGUGGGUGGGUCUACCCUACAUGAUGCAGAACAAAUUUUUAAAAAAUCAGAUAUAGUGAGUAUGAAAUGCCGCGUCUGGUUAGUACAUGAUGUUGAUGUCAGAUCGUCCACUUCUGUGUUUUCUCAUACUGCAUGUGUGUGCGUAUGGUGCAGCUGGUGUCCAUCUGAAGAGCCUUAGCACUUUGUUAACACUGUACACAGGUGUCUGAUGUGUCCAGUAUGAUGUGUAUGAGUAGUUCCCGUACUUACUAUUGUCUGAUGUUAUGUUCUUCCUGCUUCUGUAUUGAAACAUUAGCCAUUUGUCGUGUAAAAUACAUCAAUGACCUUAAGUGAGUUUGCUAAAAUGGAGGAGUCUGCUAAAAUGUCUAGUCUUCUUACCCAACAGGGUGAUGAAUUAAGUGUCUGGUUUAUGAUGUAAAUGUAUGGUAUACAGUCAUUUUAAUGUUGUUAUAGAGAGUAUGUUGUUUUCCUGAGGUAAUCUAUCUGUCUAACUGAAUAUAUAUAUUUGAAUCAUACAUUUACAGAAUGAAUGCAAUAAAUCUCUUUGAAUACUA